ACAUCACAUCCAAUUUGGUCCCCAAAAUACACACCAAAGCCUAUUAUCAUUGCGUUAUUCUUCCGAUUAUCGCGGAUCUGAUCUCGACAGCGAUGGCCACACUAUUAGGAAAACAGUUGACAAUACUGUUGUGGAAGUCGUGGAUCACUCGGCGAAGACACUGGAUAUCAACGAUAUUUGAAUUGUUGACACCACUGGUCCUCUCAUUCCUCAUCGCCUAUGUCUACGCGAAGUUCUCAUCGCAGCAAAUGACAGGUCAGGUGUCGUCCAGUUUUGACGGCCAGGAAGUGAAUAAUCAAAACACGAGUACUUCUGUCAGAGACAGUCCUCCUGUGAUCUUCAAUCGACCCACAAUUGACAUGACAUUUAACAAUCAACUUAUAUUUGAGGCCACUAUCAUCUACGGACCCACGAGUCCGGCCGCCGAUCGGCUCAUGCAAAAGGUGGUCGACUUUGCGCCCUAUACUGUCCGUAUAGUAGGUAUGGCUACCGAAGAGCUGGUGAACGCGAAGAUGGAGUCCUUGGUCUCCAACGAGACAAUUGACACCAAUCUUGUGGACAACACUUACGGCCUUAUAUUUGAUGAAAAUUCGUUGCGAAACAAUCGUCUCAACUAUACGUUAAGACUGAUCGGCGAAAUGGCAUACAUUGUGAACAUUAUGUUUCCCAAUAAGUUCUUCGCGGGACCGGCGGCUAAUAUGAAGUCAUAUACCGAGCAUUUCGGUCCCAUUCAGAUCUUGAUAAACAAGGCCUUUGUUGACCAACAAACCGAGUCCCACACCAAACGAGUCAAUAUCCGUCGCUUUAUGACAAUGAAAUACCCGUUUCCCGGCUUCAAGAAGUCGGGCGAUGAAAAUCAAUUGUUUACGAUGCAAGACCUGAUAGCGGCCACCAUUGCCAUCGGAUAUGUGGUGAUGUGUCCGCUGAUUGUCAAACGCAUUACCGACGAAAAGGUGGCCAAAGCUAAAGAGAUGAUGCGAAUGAUCGGAAUGUCUGAUUGGGUCUUCUGGAUGUCUCACUUCAUCUCAUACUUCAUAAUAAUGGUGUUUCAGUCGAUAGUAUUCACCGCAUUCUUCUGUAUGGGCUUCGGCGGCGACCCUAUCAUCAACUUUACCUCCGCAACCAUAUUCUUUGCCAUACUAUUAAUAUACUGUAUUCAAUCGAUUCUGUUUUGUAUGACAAUCACCACAAUAUUCAAUCGACCCGUUCUGGCGGUGAUCGUGACCGUCAUCUUAUGGGUGGUCUCUUAUUCCGUACCGAUCGGUAUAUUGAAUCCGUUUUUCCACAAGAAUAUGGAUAUCGUGGGCACAAACGGGGCCCGAAUGAUGUCCGCAAUGCUGCCCAAUAUGGGCCUCUCGUGGUGUAUGUCUAUUAUGGGUCAGUUUGAAGUGUUGGGCACCGGCGCCAACUGGUCCACAAUCUUUAAUUACACGACCGUCUAUCAGAGCCUAACGCUGGCUCUUGUGAUGACCAUAAUGUUAUUGUCGUGUGUUUUAUACGCUGUGCUCAUCUGGUACUUAGACAAUGUGUGGCCCUUUCAAUACGGAGUACCCAAACCUGUGUUAUUCCCGUUUUACAUGUCUUAUUGGUUUCCAGCGAAAUACCACGACAUCGAAGAAGAGACCAAUGAAUCGUUGAAAACGGAUGAUGUGAUCGAUACCAGAAAUUUUGAGAGAGAGCCCGAAGUGUCGGUCUCUAUAAGGAUCAAGAAUUUGCAUAAAGAGUUCGGCGGUUAUGGCAGUCAACUCAAGACAGCCGUCGACAAUAUGUCGCUCAAUAUAUACGGACGACAAAUCACGGCUCUGUUGGGCCAUAACGGGGCCGGAAAGACCACUACAAUGAAUAUGAUUACCGGUAUAUUUCCGCCCACAUCGGGCACCGUUCACGUCGACGGCUAUAACAUACAAACCGAGACCAAUAAAGCGCGACGAAGUAUUGGAUUGUGUCCGCAGGAAAACAUUAUAUUUAAUGAGUUAACAGUCGGACAACAUCUCAAACUGUAUGCCGUUCUGAAGGGCUGUGACUGGGAUUCGGUGGACAUUGAAGUGAAACAAACGUUAGAAAUGCUGAAACUGUCGGACAAAAUGCACGCAAUGGCAGAAUCGUUGUCCGGAGGUAUGAAACGCAAGUUAAUGCUCGGCAUCGCUAUAGUGGGCGGCACUCGGAUACUCAUUCUCGACGAACCCACCUCUGGUAUGGACCCCGAGGCCCGACGUGUCGUAUGGGAUCUCUUACAGUACUUACGGUGCGAACGAACCAUACUAUUGACCACACAUUAUAUGGAAGAAGCGGAUGUUUUGGGCGACAGAAUAGCCAUUAUGUCUGAGGGAAGAGUCAAGUGUUGCGGUUCUCCUAUGUUUCUGAAGAAGAGAUUCGGCGCCGGAUAUCAUCUG